AGGCAUCUGUGUCUUCCCGGAAUCCUUUCUCCAUUUCAAAUGCUCAGCUCCCCCUUACCUCACUUUUGUCCCCAUUCAUAUCCACGACUAAGGGGCCAGGAACAAUCAGAAAGUAUCACGAAUGGACUGACUCAUUUCCUCACACCCCCUUGACCAGCCACAGAACAUUCCUGGUCAACAUUUUCCAAACCCUCAAGGGAGUUUAAUCUCAUCCCUUCAGCCACCUCGUGGUUGAAUCAUGUCGCAGCCCACUACCAACGGAGCCAUCGCGCCCCGUGCGACCACCCCCGGACUCAGCGCCAGAUCCCUGAGAAGCACAUUCUUCGUCAGCAAUAUUCACUGUUCCUCCUGUGUCGCCUACAUUGAUGAAGUCCUGUCCGAGAUCGACGGCGUGAUCAAGGUCGAUGUGUCCGUACUCACGCACGAAGUCCGCGUCAUGCACACGGCAGGCGCGGAGCCACCCGACCUGGCCAGAGCGCUGAUUGACGCUUCGUUUAAUGUGCAUCAUUUUACGAGCUACGAGCCGAAGGGCUCCGUGGUAGCGGACUUUGAUACGACCGCCUGGCUGCCCCGCGACUCGAUUUUCUCAGCCAGCCAGCCCGGUGCGCACGCAACUUCGGCCCCAGGGACUCGACAUCUCGAGAAUUGCGAUGCCUGUCGGCAGGAGGAGGCCGAAAGGCUCGCGGCUGGGGUCGACCUGUCGGAUGGAGAUUUGCGGUACCAGUCGACUUCGGACGUUGCCACCGAUGGAUUGAAUGACAAGAUAGCCGGGCGCGUGUCCCAGCGGCAGGUGCCUAGGACCUCAGCGGAGAAUAUAGCGACGCAGACAUCAUCAGCGCAUGGCUCGUCACAACCUUCAGAAGAAAGAUUCAAGGCGCGCGUGAGCAUUGGCGGUAUGAGCUGUGCUUCAUGUGCGAACAGCAUCACCAACGAAGUCAAACAGCUGGACUUCGUGGAGGACAUCACCGUCAACCUGCUCACGAAUAGUGCCGUGGUGGUCUUUGUCGGUCCGCAGGGGAAUGUCGAGAAAAUCGUUGGUCAGAUCGAAGAUAUCGGGUUUGAAGCUUCUCUCGAUGAGGUUCAGAGCCUUACUGUGGCUCCAAAACACAAAGAAGCCAUACCGACUUACGUUGCAGAGGUUGCCAUCACUGGCAUGACCUGCGGCUCCUGCUCGGGCGCCAUCACUCGCGGGCUCGAAGAGCUACCGUUCGUGCUAGAAGUCUCCAUCAACCUCUUGACUCACAGUGGACGAGUUGAGUUCCAGGAUCGUAAAAACAUUGACGCUAUUGUGGAAAAGAUCGAAGACCUGGGGUACGAUGCCUCUGUGAACAGUAUCUCUCCCAAGGGCGCAUGCCAAGAGAGCGAGAUCGGCGAAGAAAGGACGGUUUCCGUUCAUGUGGAUGGCAUGUUCUGUCACCAUUGCCCGGAAAAGAUCUUCAAAGCAGUUGAGGAGCUGCCCGAUGUCAAGGUGCAGGGUGCUCUCUCCGUCAACAACCCGAUCCUCACCGUGACCUACACGCCCAAACCACCCUCUCUCACCAUCAGAACCAUACUGCACACCAUCGGGAAAUCGCACGAAUCGUUCACCGCUACCGUAUACCACCCGCCCAGCGUGGAAGAUCGAUCUCGGGCGAUGCAACGGCAUGAACGACAGCGCCUACUCACUCGAUUCGUCUUUGUUCUGAUUGUAGCGAUCCCCACGUUUUUGCUUGGCAUCGUGUUCAUGACGCUCGUCGCAUCGGACAACCCGACGCGCAAGUAUCUGGAGGAGCCGAUGUGGGCUGGGGAUGCGUCGCGCCUUGAGUGGGCGCUUUUCAUCAUGACUACUCCUGUCAUGUUCUAUGGUGCGGAUAUCUUUCAUGUGCGAGCAAUGAAGGAGAUCUACUCGCUCUGGCGCCCUGGUAGUCGUGUGCCAAUCCUGCGGAGAUUCUACCGCUUUGGUAGCAUGAACCUUUUGAUUUCUGCUGGAACCAUAGUGGCGUAUGUCUCUUCCUUGGCUGUCCUUAUCAUGGAUGCCUCCAUGGGAUCUUCGUCCAACACGCAUAGUUCUACCUACUUCGACACAGUGGUAUUCCUCACCAUGUUCAUCCUCGCUGGACGCUUCAUGGAGGCCUACAGCAAGGCCAAGACGGGCGAUGCAGUCACAUCACUCGGAAAGCUACAACCAAGCGAAGCUGUGCUCAAAUCAGACCAAUCUACUGGGGACGGCGCAGAAGCAGGAGCCAAGGUAGACGACAGCAGCUACCAGCGGGUUAGCGUUGACAUGCUGGAAAUUGGCGAUGUGGUCAGCAUCCCCCACGGUGCCUCACCUCCAGCGGACGGAGUGGUAGUCGGAAAUGGCUCUUAUCAAUUUGACGAGAGUUCCUUGACCGGAGAAUCGAAGCCCGUGCACAAGUCCACGGGCGACUCUGUGUAUACUGGCUCCGUCAAUGUGGGACAACCCGUGGAUGUCAGGGUCACUGCACUUGGCAGCUCUUCCAUGCUGGACCAGAUCAUCGCGGUGGUGCGAGAAGGUCAGAGCCGGCGAGCGCCGCUGGAGAGAGUGGCAGACCUUUUGACUUCCCACUUCGUCCCGACUAUCACCCUCAUCGCCAUCCUGACCUUCGUCAUCUGGCUCUCGCUUGGACUAUCUGGCACGCUCCCCGCAGAUUACCUCGACGUCAGCCGCGGAGGGUGGACCUUCUGGAGUCUGGAAUUCGCGAUCGCCGUCUUCGUCGUCGCCUGCCCCUGUGGCCUUGCGCUGGCUGCUCCGACAGCGCUCUUCGUCGGCGGCGGCUUGGCAGCCCGCCAGGGAAUCCUCGUCAAAGGCGGCGGCGAAGCCUUCCAAGAAGCGAGUCGCCUCGACGCCAUCGUCUUCGACAAAACCGGCACUUUGACUGAAGGCGGCAGUUUACGGGUGACUGACCACGAAGAGCUCAUCACCGACGACCCAGACCUCAUGUCCAUCGCCUGGACCGUCACCCGCAAGCUCGAAGAGAGCAGCAACCACCCCAUCGCGCAGGCCAUCGCAGCCUUCUGCCGCGAGCAAUCCAACCUCGCCUGCAGCGUGGACGAAAUCGAGGAACGCAGCGGCCAAGGCAUGGUCGGCACCUUCACCAUCACCACCACUAACCAUAACAAGACGGAACACAAACAGUACGAAGCGGCCAUCGGCAACCAACGCCUCCUCGACGCCCUCACAGCCACUCAGCCCGACGACAAAGCAGACCACAACACCCUCACCCACAAGCUCACCACCCACCAAUCCGCCGGCAAAUCCACCGCCAUCCUCCUCCUUCGACGCAUCACCCAGCCCACCACCACCAACAACAACAGCAACAACGCAAACCCACCAUUCACCCCAGCCCUCCUCUUCGCCAUAACCGACACCAUCCGCCCCUCGGCCUCCCGCGUCAUCAACGCCCUCCAACACCACAAAAUCGCCGUCUACAUGUGCACCGGCGACAACCCUACCACCGCCUUAUCCGUCGCCUCGCAGCUCCACAUCCCCGCCUCCCACGUGCGCGCCAACGUCACCCCCGCCGGCAAAGCAGACUUCAUCCGCUCCAUCCAAACCACCUCCAGCGCCAGCAGUCCCGACAGCAACAACCUGGAAGACGACCUCGAGGCCCAAUCCCCCCCACCACGCGGACGCAAGAUCGUCGCCUUCGUCGGCGACGGCAUCAACGACUCCCCCGCGCUCACCACCGCAGACGUCAGCAUCGCCCUCGCCACCGGCUCCGACGUGGCCAUCAACUCCGCCAGCUUCAUCCUCCUCAGCAACAACCUCGACACGAUCCUGCAGCUGGUGCGCCUCAGCCGGCGGGUGUUCCGCCGCGUGAAGUGGAAUUUCGCCUGGGCGUUGGUGUACAACUGCUGUUUGGUGCCCGUGGCGGCCGGGGUGUUUUAUCCGAUCGUGAGCGGGUAUAAGGUGGUUGGUGAUGAUGACGGCCACCAGCAACAGAAAAUGGCGACGCAUUGGCGGUUGAGUCCUGUGUGGGCCUCGUUGGCGAUGGCGUUGAGUAGUAUUUCGGUGGUGUGUAGUAGUCUCGCGUUGGCGGUGGAGUGGAAGUUCAGGAGGAGGAAGUGAUUUUAGGAACCAGGUAAACAUGGCUCUGGGUUAUGCAUCUCGUUUUGAGUUGCGUCUGUAUAUUUGAUGAAUGAAGUUGAUGUAUGGAAUAUUUGGAGAUUUUCUCUUGAAGCAAAUUUGCUUGAUGAGGGGAGCAGUAGGAUAUAGAACAAUCUCAGUAGUAUCUGGGGCGUCG